AUGAAGCUCUUCUUGGAUGUCGUCAUAAAACGACUUGAUCUGAUACUGGCGUAUUACCAAGUGCGCAUGGGCGAGGAAGACAUCAAGUUCAUCGCGUUCCAGGCUCCGAACGGACUUUGGGAAUAUCUUGACUUACCCAUGGGAAUCUAG